CAGCGCAUCAAGAUUCAUCAAACCUUUGAACGAUCAAAUAUACAAUGUCAUCAGAUAUUCAAAUCGAGGGUCAGGAGGAAGGUUCAUCGAGACGGGACGCACCUCGAUUUUUGGGAGAUGGCCUUGAUGACGAAGAUGAUAACAUUGACGCUCUUUUCGAAAAUCUUGAUGAUGCCGAUGAAUUUGCUUUACCUGCACCAAUAGAUCAUGAGGCAAUGGCUGCUUCUCUGGCUCAAAAAUCGAUUCAACGCGUCAAUCCCUUUGCAGCUCCAAGUGGAGAUGAUCCUCUGGCAGGCGGAGAUGGAGAUGGUACAAAAUCUACUAGGAUUCGACGUCCGACUGUCAAACUUGACGAAGAUCGUUUAUUGAAUCAUCCCGACGGGUUUCAAAAACUGAUUCCCCUUGCCAAAGCUUUCAAAGCUGGCCCUAAGGGAUCUGAAAAAGAAGAUCUUGGCCGGGUUCUCAAGAUGUACAGAAUGUGGGCACAUUUACUUUAUCCCAAAGCGAAAUUCCGAGACGCAAUCGAUACGAUUGAAAAGCUGUGUCAUAAGCGCCCAUUGCAGUCAGCUCUGAAUGAAUGGCGGGGAGAAGCUUUUCAAAGCUCAAAAAAGCGAAAAACGACAUCCAACGAAGUGCAAGUGGACAAGGAUUCAGCUGUUGAAAGGGUGGAACCGACUCAGCAACCUGCUUCUCCUAAUCAAUCAGCAACUCGGCCUCUAUUCAGGCGACCUGAAGACGGAACAGACGACUUUGACAUGGACCAAGAUGAAGAUUUUGAUAGACUGCUUCAAGAGAUGGACGUUCCAGCCUCUGCACCAGUAACCAACCAGGCUUCAGUUUCUCGACCACUUUUUGUGCCUGAUCCGGAGGACGAGUUUGCCGAAGAAGAAGCUCUGAUGAGAGAACAGGACGAAGCUGAGCGCAGGACAACAGCUCCUACUUUUCCCCGGGAUCCCUCUACCAACAACUUGUCGACAUCGUCAACUGGUGUAGAACAAGCCACUUUAUCAGUCACUAAUCCAAUCCCUCAACCGCUGUUUGUGCCCGAUCCAGAUGAAGAGUUUGCUGAAGAAGAAGCUAUAAUGAGACAACAGGAGGAAGACACACUCAGAUCGUCAGCUCCUGCGGCUCCGCCGGAGCCCUCCGCCAACAACUUGCCACCAUUGCCAACUGGUGUAGAGGAGCCCACUUUACCGGCAACCAACGAGACACCACUUUUUGUGCCUGAUCCGGAUGGAGAAGCUGCUGAAGAUGAAGCUUUAAUGAAAGAUUAUGAGAAAGAGACAGCCCCCACCGUUCUGCAGGAGCUCGCCACCAACAACCUAUCUUCAUUACCAACAGUCGUAGAAGGCGCUACUAAGAACACGGCCCCAACCGACACAAGUAAAGGUGGCCAGGAUGCCGAUCAUGAUUGGGAGGAUUUGUAUACAUGAACUCUGUAGUCUUAUCAUCGUGCCCAGAUGCACAUGUGAUAUUAAUGUACUUGAAUUUUCCCUGGAAAUGGAUUGGACACUGUAGAGAACGAAGCAUCAUGUCGGUGAUUUCGUGCCCAAAGGUAAUUUCCUGGACCUGAUUUGUCAGGUCAGAUCUCCCUU